AGGGUGAACCGGGAGAUGGCGACACGGCAGCAAGUGGACCUCCGGCCCCAGUUAAAGCCUCAGAAGAAGAAGCAGCUGAACGGAUCCGAUCAUCUGUCCGCUGCUCCGGGCUCUGCACCAUGUCCUCCGCUCACUCUGCACACCUCGGCCGGGUGCUGUGCAUCAUCACCGGGGCCUCCAGAGGCUUCGGCCGGACUGUAGCCAGGGAGGUGUCCGGGUUGGUGAAGCCCGGCUCGGUGCUCGUCCUGGCGGCCCGCUCCGGGGACGACCUGCGGAGUCUGCAGGCGGAACUGACCGAGUCGGAGGCGGGCAGAGCGGGUCUGAGAGUGGAGAGUGUGGUGGCAGACAUGGCUCAGAUGGAGGGGAUAGAAAAGGUCGUCAGAUCAUCUGAAGAAGCCUUUUCUGAGCACAUAGACCACCUGAUACUGGUCAACAACGCCGCCUCUCUGGGUGAUGUGUCCCGCUCUGUUAAAACUUUCACUGACAUGGCUGAAGUGGACUCCUACUUGUCCCUGAACGUCAGCUCCUCCAUGUGCCUGACCGCCAGGGUGCUGCAGUCCUUUCCACAACGUCCAGGUCUGCGCCGCACCAUAGUUAAUGUCACCUCGCUGUGCGCCUUGCAACCUUUCCGUUCCUGGGUGCUGUACUGCACUGGCAAGGCUGCCCGAGAGAUGAUGUUCAGGGUGCUGGCGGAAGAGGAGCCAGACCUCCGGGUGCUAAACUACUCUCCAGGGCCUCUGGACACAGCCAUGCAAGUGGAGGCCAGAACGAGAACAGCCGAUGACAGCAUCAGGAAGUCUUUUGUCGACAUGUUUGAUCAGGGCCAACUGCUCACCUGUGAGGCGUCCUGUGCCAAGCUGAUGAAGCUGCUGCUGGAGGACAACUACACAUCAGGAGCUCACAUCGACGUCUACGAUGUGUAAACUAUGCACGGGUACUAUCAUACAUCGAGCUUUUAGGUACAUUGUUUAUAUGAGGCCUUGAUUUUAAUUGAAACUCCACUAAUUCAUACAUUUUAAUGGAUAGAGUGGAAAGUUAGUAGCUGACUAAAACUGUGCUCUCACUCUUGUAGAAUGUAGACUGUAGCCUUCUACUGAUAAACUGACCAACCUAGCACGAUCAAAAUUACAUUCCAAUCAUAGAGGCAACUUAUUAUUUUUUUUUCAGGGCCAAUAUGAUUGUUCAUGAUUAAGGAGACCAAUAACCAAUAUUUGGAGCUGAUGUAUAUUUGCAGUUAAACUGAAAAUUUUGCUGUUUAAGUUUAGAAUAACACAAACAUAUUUUUAAUUAAAAUAGAACUUUUAAGUACAACGUUGAUCCUUUAUCCAAAACCGUUACAUGUGAUGUAUAAACAAUCAGAUAUGCUGACAAUGCAACAUAUGCACUGUGAAAAUACGCAAUUCGGUAGAAGGAAGUGGAUGCCUCAGAGCCAAAGUAGCACAUUUUAACUUAUUCCAAUCCAGGACAACUUAAAAAAUAACAAGAUGAAUUAUUAGCCAAACCGAUUGUCAGUCAAUCCCUCUUGAAACCAUUUGUGAAUGAAAGUUUGUUCACUGUAUAACCACAGACCUAUAUAACUGUAGACUUCUUGUUUUCCCAUGUAGCAUGGCAAGUAUGGGGCCAUGUAUGAGUGUUAUUUUUUAAAUCAUAGAAUCAACUGGAGAAGGGUGGUUCUUCCUGAGGACACUAAUGCUAGCAUGCCAUUUGAAUAACUCUGUCCCUUGCUUAUGAACAUCUUUCAAACAGCAUUUAGUUUCCCUGUCCUACAGCUGCAACAGCUUUGCUAUUUUUGCCUUAAUUAGACGGUAGAGCUGCAGACAGGAAAUAGAGGGAGAGAACAAGGGUUAGGCAUGCAGCAAAGACCCAAGGCAAGAAACAUUACCACUGGACCAUCAUGAACACUUGAAGGCAUUUUUGAGAUGUCAAAACUGUAAAACAAAAAGUAGAAUAUAAAUGUAAAUGAAAAAAACAGAAAAAAUACAUAAGAAACCACAACUACAAGUGAAAAUUAUAUUGUAAACUAAAACUGAGGAAUGGCAGUGUUCCAAGCAGAGUUUCGCGGACUAGAAAAGUAGUAGCAGAGUUUGACUUUGAAAGCAGACAUGUAGACAUAUCUGUUCACUUCAGUGUAGUUGUAUUCAGAACUUCCUACAGAAUUCGUGCAUCAUUAAUGGAAAGUAUGUACAAAUCGUAGCACCUCCAACGACAACUUUGGUUACAACUCUUUUAAUGAUGAAUUACAAAGAUGUGGAUGAUGGCGAGUCUCUUCCUACAGUCUCUCCUCGUGACAAUUAUAUGUUUUAAACACAAUUUGCUUUCUUGGCACAUAUGCAGUUGGCACGCUUUGAGUCCAUGCAGACCCUUGUGGACUUGGGUGGAUGGUAAAAAAUUAUGUCAUGUGUAGCUUUGAGGGGACACAGACAUCAAAAGCAUGAAUUGGCCUUAAUAGCAACAACUAUGUGCUCUUGUAUGUGUCUGGAAGGGUAUCAUCAAACUUUAAGCUUCCCUUGUGUUUAGAUAUUCAGGUAAUGUUGUCAGUGUGAUAUAUUUAUUGCUGUCCUGAACCUUUUGUGUCUUAAGUAUGGAACUUGUAACAUCCAGGUGCCUUAUUUGUGAUAUCUGUUAAUUACAUUAAGUAUUUUCUGAAUACUUAGAUGCAGGACCAGGGGUUGAUGCUACAAUAAUGCUAAUCCUGACAAUUACAGCAUGACAUGAAAAAGUGUUUCACAUCUUCUUUUCCACUCAUUUAUUUCUCCACACAUUCCUCAAUGUAUGAUUCACUGUUUUUAUAUAAAUGUUUAAUGAGAUGCAUGGCUUUGUAAGUACUUACCUCAGGCUGUUAUCCAAAUCACUUUUGUAAACUUGAUGCUGCCUAUGAUUUACAGAAAUGAAUAAUUGAAAUUAUAAUUGUUUUUUAUUUCUUCUUUCUUGUCUAUUUUGAAUAUUUUUUUUCAUAUAUGCCUUUUGUCUGCCCUCCACCUCAGCCACUAGUUAACUGGCAGUGUUCCCUCUUUUCCCUCUUACCUUUCUCCUUUCACCUGUGGGCGUGAGAGAUGUGUGUGUCCUUCCUCUAAUUCCCAGCAAGGGUCGCCAUCACCCCAUUUACGUUAAUUCCUGCUCAGUGUUGUGUGAACCUGUUGAAUAAACUGUUGAACUUUUA